AUGAGUGGCGAUGGGCAGGAUCUGAACAGUCCCCUGCUCCUGCGCUCUACCUUGCAAGGGACGCUCUCCCUGCUCCUCACACCUCCAGGUGCUCCAGAAAGGACUAUGGCAGAGCAGUACUGCUCCACUUCCUGUGGCUUCUUGGUGACUAUCGUUGAGCAGCCAACCAUGCCCAGGCUGCUGUGCACCUCCCUGCUCCUGCUGGCCGCCCUGGCCCUCGCUCUGGCUGUAAGCUCCACAUCGAACAGCAAGUCUAAGGAUAAGCAUGCAGCAGUCGGCAUGCCAGAGCCUGCAGACCUCAAAAGCAAGGAGACUCAGCAAGCCCUGGACUUUGCUGUCAAUGCUUACAACGAUGUCAACAACGACCUGUACCUCAGCCGACCAGUACAUGUGAUGAGUGCCAGCCAGCAGGUUGUGGGCGGGAAGAACUUCUAUUUCAAAGUGGUGCUGGCGCGAACCCUCUGUGCCAAGUCCCAGUCCCAGACUGACUUGGCCAAGUGUCCCCUCAACGAACAACCAGGCCAGCAGAAGAAAGUAGUUUGCAAUUUCCAGAUCUACACUGUGCCCUGGCUGAACAAGACUUCCAUGGAAAAUUUCAGCUGCCAUAAUGCCUGAGAGCCUAUGC